AUGUCCUGGCGCAAGCAGUGGCACAGUCCGCUCUUCAUCAGGGCGCAGGAGCGCGAGCUGGCCUUCCGCGCACUCGGGAUCGACCCAAGUAAAUCCUCGGAGCCGUCGCUCGACGAGAUCAAAGAGCGGUACAAGACGCUGGCGCACAACUGCCACCCGGAUCGGCAUGCGGGUGCGGCGGAGAAGGCGAGGGCCGAGGCCGAGUUCAAGCGGCUUGGCCAGGCCUUCGAGACACUGCGCAAAAAGACGCCGAGAAGCCGUGCCUUCAUCGCCAUCGACCCCUUUCAAGGGAUUCCGUGGUACCACUACGCGCGGUACCCGCCGUGGAGCUUCGCUCGAGGUCCGCCCUUCGCUCCGACGGGAUUCUGGUACUCGCUCCUGCUGAUCCCCAUCGCCGCUUUGCUGUACGACGCUGCAAACCCGUCCUUUGGGGAGCGUCGGCUCGAGCGGCUGCUCGAGCAGGAGGCCCAGGCGGACGCGGAGCGGCUGGCCGCCCGCGCGGCGAUGCUAGCGAUGGCGGCCGAGACGAGCCGAGCCAGCGAGCACGCCAGCGAGACGACGGCGGCCGGCGAGGCUGCUGGUGCGGCGACGACCAAGGACCGGGUCGCGGCGGCGUUCGCCAGGCGGGCGGAGCGAGUGAGCUCUGUGGAAGCGGCUCGGGCUCCAUGA